AUGGCGGAGCUUAUGGGGCGACAGAACAACGUCGGGUUUACCUACUACGGCGAGAGGCUACAGCGACUCCGGAAGACACUUCAUGCUUCUUUGAAUACGAAGGCGGUGACGGAUACUUGGUCCAACAUGCUUGAGGCCCAAUCAUUGGCUCUUUGUCGACACCUCUUUCGGUCUCCGACUUCAUUUGUCGACUCAAUAGAGAUAAAUAUACAGGAACUGAUUGGAAGGUUCUCAUACGGCCACAAACCAGAUGCCGAGUACAUACGUGUGGCUAACGAUGUAAUGCACCACACCGGCCAAGCUCUUCGUCCAGGAAGAUGGAUGGUAGAUUCUGUACCAGCCUUGAAAUGGAUUCCUUCCUGGAUGCCGGGAGCAGGCUUCAAGCGUUGGGCUAUGGAGGCUAACUCCGUAUUCAUCCGCAUGACACGGGAGCCUUUCUACAACGUUAAGAAGGACAUGGAGUAUGGACGUGCGAAGCCGUCUUUUGUGGCCAAUUCGCUCAUGAGCUUACCAGAGGACCAUGAUGCCGACGACGAAGAUAUCAUCAUGUAUGCAGCCGGAAGUCUCUUUAGCGCUGGGACGGAAACGCUAUCCGGAGCAAUUCUAACGUUUUUGGUGCUCAUGGCAUGCCAUGAAGACGUCCAAGAGCGUGCGUAUCAGGAGAUUAUCACCGUCGUCGGACGCGAUCUCCUGCCAGGUCUUGAACAUAGACAGUCUCUUCGAUAUGUCGACGUAUUGAUUCAAGAAGUUCACCGAUUUAAUCCGGCAGUCCCUCUUGCCACGCACAGCAACUACCAGGAAGAGGAUUAUUUGGGUCAUCGAAUCCCAAAGAAAACCUGGAUCCUGGCAAACAUCUGGGCGAUGCUGCACGAUGAAUCAGAUUAUCCUAAUCCUGGUUCAUUCAAUCCUGAAAGAUUCCUAGCUGUAGACGACAAAAAUGCGCAGCUUGAUCCACGCUCCCUGCUACGAUGUCCUGGUGCACACUUCGCAGAUGCGAUUGUCUACCUAAUUGUUUCUCGUAUCCUAACCUUAUUCGUUAUUCGUCCGAAGAUCAAAGAGGGCCGCCCGAACCCUCCUGUGUUGGAGUUCAUACAGGCAUUCGUUCCGGCUCCAAAACCAUUUGAGUGCGAUAUUGUCCCUCGAGAUAACGCGGCGGAAAUGCUAGGCGUGGACAGCGCUGCGCUUAAUGGUUCCACGGAUUUCUGA